AUGUUUCUCUCUCGCGCAGCCAAACGGGCGUGCUGUCUGGACUCACGACUUCUGCCGCCGACCUUCCUGCUCCCAUUCACAGCACACCUGAGCAGCGUUUCACACACGACAGACCCAUCAAACACUCCCGAAGUCCUUCUCAACUCCUCCGCCGCAAAAGUCGACUCUCCUCCCACGUCGACAACUCCUACAUCUACUCCCGUAUCGGCCAGCCAUGCUCCAGCAUCCGCCCCCAAGCUACCCACACCUUCUCAAUCGCCUCCGGCCUUGAGCGAUUCUGUCCGCGAACUUUUGCCCGUACUCCGCGCCCAGGGCCCUCACUACAUCACCGCACACAUUUAUGAUCGUCCAUAUCUUCUCACCGAGGGCGACACUCUGCGCGUACCAUUUCUCAUGCAUGGCGUCCAACCCGGCGACAUCCUGCGCCUGACCCACGCAUCAGCACUCGGUUCGCGAGACCUGACCCUCAAGGCGGGCACCCAGCCUGGCAACCCUCGUUCGCCAACCGCAUCCACCAUCUCGGUUGUCGAUCCUACACCUGGUAGCGUCUUGACCACCGAGAGCAGAAAGAUGCCUGACGGAGGUCACUUCGUGCCACAUCUUGCCAAAGGCAAACACAUCUAUGUCGAUGACAGACUAUUUGUGUGCAGAGCUACUGUCAUGGGCACCGAAGCUGAGCCCAUGCGUAUCAAGGAGAAGACGAAGCGUAGACAGAGAAGAGUCAAGACGGUCAAGAGCAAGCACCGAUUCACUGUACUCAAAAUCAAGGAGCUUAGGAUAAAGGGCUUGGACGAGAUUGAGAGCGGUCUCGAUGCUUGA